UUUUGACCCUCACCGUCGUUAUAUCGCUUUGCUGUUAAGUAGAGAGAAUAGUAGCAGUGCCUGUCAGUGUUGGAGAGGGAAGAGUUCAUCAAGCGAGAGAGGGAGAGAGAGAGGAAAUCUUAGAGCACAAUGAGCGAAGAAAGUCCAAAGCUUUACACUGACAAGCCCAAGAAAGCACAACUUAAGCAAUUUCAGGAGCAACGGAAGGCAAAGGAUUUCUCUUCCCCAACACAAACAGCUUCUAUUAAAGCCACACCAACGCCAUCAGCAGCAGCCUCAGCUGCAGCAGCGUCUUACAAAAUUGGGUCUCAGUCGAUGGCUCCUCCUUCUCCUCCUCAGCCUCCAAAGGAGCCCUUCUCUAAGCGUUACAAGUUCUUGUGGCCUCUUCUGUUGGCUGUCAAUCUCACGGUUGGAGCUUACUUAUUCAUGAGAACAAAGAAAAGUGAUACAGACCUACAGGAAGAAGUGGCAACCAAUGUCUCCUCUGCUUCAGUUUCAUCUACAUCUACUAAAACUACAACAGUUCCUGAGAAGCCUGCAUUGCCCACAGUUUCAGAACCUGUGAAGCUGCAUGAAGCUAUCCCAGAGAGUCAACGGCGUGAACUGUACAAGUGGAUUUUGGAAGAGAAAAGAAAGGUCAAAACAAAAGAUCCCCAAGAGAAGAAGCGCAUCGAUGAAGAGAAAGCGAUUCUUAAACAGUUCAUUCGAGCAAAAUCCAUCCCAAGUAUUUAGUUGUUUUUGCUCUUAUUUCGACGUGAAUUUAGCAGAUUUUCUUUCAUCAGUUGAGAAGUUUGAAUUCUGCAGUUACUGAAUUUCAAUGCAUAUACUGUUUUCUCCUAAAUGUUUGAUUCUAGGUGAGAUUUUCAAAAGUCUUCUCAUGUUUUGUGAUUACUAUUGCUUUUUUUUCUGAUACAAUGUUGAGGUUUGUUUUUCUGAAAGAUUCUUGUUGACCAUAAACUUACUGAUUGUACUUGCCUUUGUGUGGUCAGAUAUAUACACUUGCAGACCUGCAGGUUGAAUCA